UGCUGCCCUACGAUGGCAGCGCCACAGAAACACGGCCUCUUCACCCCGGAUCCUUACUACAUCCCAGGAUAUGGUGGGUUCUACCCUCAGAUCCGCUACCAGAUUGGAGAAACCUAUGGCAAAACCACCUCUCGCCUGCUGACAGACCCCAGUGUUCUGAAGAGCCCUUGCUCUGUGCUGGCUCCCCUGGUGAAGCCGAGGUUCCUAGAGGAUUUUAGUGGUACAAAGCAUCCUUCAAACCAGAUGCUGGAUCAAAACUACAGUUACUUUCCCGGAUACACUGGGUUCAUUCCCUACCAAAAUGCCCAGUUUGGACCAUAUUAUCCAACACCUGCCACUACAUCAAGAACCCCACUGCUAAUGCUACUGCCAGCACAGGUACAACAGUCGUGGGUGAACUCAGACACUGGUGACUCUACGCAGCUAUGUGAGCAGAGAAAAUAUAUCCCCUGCCAUCCUGGGAUUAGAUUGGCAUGUGGGCAUGGAUGGAGGAGUUCCUCCUCCCCUACUGGCAUGCAUCUGGCAUCUGAGCAGGAGGAGAGGAAGGCACCCUGCUAUCCUGACAUUGCACUGGCAUGUGGGCAGCAAAAGAAUCAUGGACCGUGCCAUCCUGAUGUGGCACUGGCAUGUGGACAGGGAUGGAGGAGCUCUCCCUGCCUCCGUGGAACCAAACAGCCUGUUAGGAUUGAGGGAGUGCCUUUGGAUGCAGUGACCGAGACAGUGGAUCUAAGCAGAUACAAUCAGCUCCCAAAGCUGGAUGUCCCAAACCUGAUCCAACGGAAAGCCAUUUCAGGGUACACUGGAUUUGUACCGCGCUUCACCUGGAUUAUGGGUGUUAACUAUCUCAAGGGAGUUAAAGAUGCCAUGAAUGAAUUUGACAGAAAUCAGUUUAUGGUAAGAAACCCAGCGUGGAACUUUGGUAAGAGACUACCACGGACAUAUUGGCCUAAUAAUAAAAUUUACACCAGCGCUGGACUGAUACCUUUCUACACAGGCUUUGUACCAA